GUACAAUGUCCAUUUCCUAGUUUCUACUUUUCUACUCACAAUUUGUCUUCUUCUCUUAUUCACUCCCCAAACACCCAAAAUGCCACCAAAACCCAAACUCAACGUCCAGAACUUCCCCCGUCCACCCCUCAUCGAACGCACCCCGCGGCACCUCCAGAUCAAAUGGCACGGCCAAACAAUCGCAGACACAAAAGAUGCUUUCUGGAUCCUAGAAACUUAUCAUCCUCCCAGCAAGCCCCCUCUCUCCUCCCCCUUUCCUCCCUUCACUAACAAACUCCCCACAGCAUAUUACCUCCCACCAACCUGCAUCUCUCUCCCGUUAACCCAGACCUCUAAAUCCACCUACUGCGAGUGGAAAGGCUGGGCGACGUAUUACUCGAUAAAAUCAGACAAUGGAGAGGAAGUCAGGGAUCGGAUAUGGAGUUAUGAAACCCCGAAUGAGAGGUAUGGGGCGUUGAAGGGGUAUGUGAGUUUUUAUGCGGGGCCGUGGGAUUGUUUUGUUGAUGGGGAGUUGGUGAGGCCGCAGCCGGGGGAUUUUUAUGGGGGGUGGACGACGGGGGAGUUGGAGGGGUUGAUUAAGGGCGAGGGGGCUACGAGGUGGUUGUGAAUUGGGAAGAUGGAUUUGUAUUAUUUGGGUAUGUGUGUAUAUUGCUGUGAGGGAACAUCUUCAUUCGGUGGAUUCUUGCCUUUUUUCUAAAAGAAAAUUGUAUCAUUUAGCUUAUGAUUUAUUGCCCUCCGCGUUUCGAACAUGUAUCUCCUAGUAUGGGACAAAUGAAACUUCGUCCUUAAUUCCUCAUGCUCGGCCUCACAAGACCCUCGAAG